AUGCAAGAAAGACUGUCGGAUUCAGAUAUCUUCAAGCCUCCCAUAGAGUCUGAAGAUGCUGAGGAUGACCUAGCCAUUCUACAUCUCACUCAUCAGCAUCCGUUGAAACCUGUUGAUAUAAACUUGGUAGAUAGGUUUAUGGUCGCCGAUUCAGCAACUGUUUCCUUCCUCCAUAACACUUGCAUGGCGACCAUUCCACCAAAGGCCAAUCAUUUCUUCUGCCCAUACCCACUUAUGUUGUUCACAUACAUGUAUGUGUGUGCCGGUUGCGAUGAUCAUAAGUCUCUCUUGAGCUUGAUGUUUGGCUAUGAAAGAUAUCAUUUCAGAUUAGAUGCAAAAUGUGCGCUGCUUCCGACCCUGACAUCUCCAGGUGCCUAUAUGAUUUAUAAUUUCAACCAUAGGCAUCCGUUGAAGCUUUCUGAUAGUCACAAUGAAGAUGUUACAAGUAGUUGCUGUGAUGUAUGUAGGGAACUUCGAUCUGAUCCUGCUUAUAUUUGA